AUGGCUGGAAGGAAUGUCAAUGCUACUAUAAGGAAUACCGAAUAUCCGAUUAAUGAUUGUGAUGGAGCUAAUCGCCUUGGAUUUGGAGGUGUUGGAAGAAGUCGAGUUCCCCGGGUGCUCCGACCGCCUGCAUAUGGAAGUCGUCCAGGUCUCAAUCAGGGACAACCGCUUACCAUCUAUGUUCCGUGGACGCCACAAUUCGCGAUGGCUUAUCAACAAUUUGUCAACGGUGGUGCAGCAGCUAUGAAUCAAGCGCCAAUGGGUGCCGCGCGUAUGGGUGGCUAUGGAAGACCGAUGCGAAGCGCUUCAAGUCGACCUGGUAUGAGAAUACGUUAA